GGCUAGCCUGUAGUGCUGCUGCACUUCCUCAUUGGCAGCAAAGUGUUACCACUCCUGCGUCGUUUGAGCCUGAAAUAAACACACUGCAGCUUUAGUUUUAUUUAAUCUUCGAGCCCUGCAAAUGUCGAAGCCUCCUCCAAAGCCGGCCAAGCCAGGCCAAGUCAAGGUGUUCCGAGCUUUGUUCACCUUUGACCCCAGAACGCCAGAUGAGCUGUUUUUUGAAGAAGGAGAUUUCUUGUACAUCUCUGACACAAGUGACAGUAAUUGGUGGAAGGGGACAUGCAGAGGAAGGACAGGACUGAUUCCAAGUAACUAUGUGGCUGAGCAGGCAGAGUCCAUUGACAAUCCAAUGCACGAAGCAGCCAAACGAGGCAAUCUGAGCUGGCUGAGGGAAUGUGUGGAGAACAAGGUUGGAAUCAACGGGCUGGACAAAGCUGGAAACACUGCCCUCUACUGGGCGUGCCAUGGAGGGCAUAAAGAUGUAGUGGAGGUGUUGCUAAGCCAGCCCAACAUUGAGCUCAACCAGCAGAAUAAACUCGGGGACACGCCUCUGCACGCUGCAGCCUGGAAGGGUUAUUCUGACAUUGUGGAAAUGUUGCUAAACAAGGAUCCGAGAACAGAUAUCAGGAACAAUGAGAAUAAACUCGCUCUGGAAAUGGCCACCAACGCAAUGUGUGCUUCACUUCUCAAAAGGAAGCAGGGAAGCAACCCCGCCCGCACACACAGCAACGCUGAAGAGUAUUUGGACGACGAGGACUCGGACUGAGCCGGUGCUGCUCAACAUCAUCACUGUCUUCCACUGGGUUACGGGCAUGGAGCUCAAAUAGUUUUAUAACGGACCUAAAAUGGAUUUGCUGCUCUGUCUCUAACUGUAACCCCAUCUUAGUUCUAUUAUUUUGUGCUAACACCUCAGUUCUCGCCCAUUUUGUAUCCAUCAGUGUGAAUUUCCAAACAUUGAUACCUUUACAGUUUUCCACCUGUUGGGGGUUUGUCCACUGGACUGAUGGGAGAAUAUAUGUUGUAGUGCAGGGAUCGCAACUCUAAGACACACAUUCCAAACAUACAGAUUGUGUUUAACCCACUGGCAUUAAAGUGUCUGUGCAGAUGAAAGGAUUGAUCUGGUUUCUAAUGCUCCGUUUAAAUUACAGCUAACCACCAAAUCACCCAACAGAAACAUGUUAUCUCUUUCAGCUCUAUCACAACUACUCACAAUUAACUUCUCUUUAUGUACAUCUGGGAGGCAAUGCAACAUUUAAAUGUAACCUUAAUAUUUUCCUUUGAAAUGUGACAUGCUGACCUGAUGAUACAUUUCUUGUGUUAUCUGCAUUAAGAUGUCAGCAAUGUAGUGUAACAGGGGAAAUGUUUCUAUAAACCGUCUAAAAUGGCAGCAAUCUUCCUCUUUCAAAAGUUACUGUCUCUAAUGUAUGUAUUUUUCUCUGUGUUAUUACACUUGCUAUUACCACUGCUAUUUAAGAUCAGGUCUGUGUAAUUACAAUCAUUUGCAAAACUUUUUUUUUUUCCAAUCUUUUGAUGGGGUGAUUUUCAUUCUGGGAGCACAUUUCUGGUUUUAUUGCUGCUUUCCAACAAAUGUUAUAUAUUAAAGUGCCUUUAAAUAUGUGUACAA